AUGAUACCAGUUUCUGACCAUUCAACACAAGACGUUGCAAAUGCGGUGGAUUUAUUGAUAACCUCAGACGUAUUUUCGUUAGAGACCAAAAGAGAUAUUUCACAGCCACCAUUGGCGAUUGUGAUGGCUACUGCAACGCUUCAACAGAUUCUACUUGAUCUCUUUAGAAAUCAACUGACACCUGUGGCCGAUACGGAAGAAGGAAACCUAAAGUUUCAAAAGAGUUUGCCAUUUUCCCAUUGGUACUUGACUGUGCAAUCCUGCGAGAUGGAAUUAGUUGAGAAAAUUCUCACCAUUCAGAAUCUAGUGGAAAAGAAAAUAACCAUCAAGGGGUCUCUAUUGAAUGCUUUCCAACUAAAUGGUUGCUAUCAUCAAGGUCUGAUUACUUGUAAGUGCAAAGAUAUCCAAGACUUCAUCUCAAAAUUCAUGAAUUGUACAAUAAACGAGCAACUCAGUAUCUCACCGCUUGACUCACUCAACCACUUAGAAAUAUGCAAGAAAACAAACCUCGAAAGUAACUUAUCAAAACACAAAUCUAUUACAUUGGUGUACAAUGAGACUCAAGUAUCGGCCAUUUUAGGGAAAGGAGGUCAUACUCUUAAUUCUAUCAGAUUCCAAUCAAAAUGCUGGAUAUAUGUGCUACCUGUUUGUGGUUUCAACAAACCCAGAACUCAAGAAAUUCAAAUAUCAGGCACUGUUGACAACAUUGGAAUAGCAGUGUAUGAGAUUAAUAAGAUAGUUUCUGGAAGUAACAAAUAG